CUCUUUUUUUUUUUUUUUCUUCAAUAUUAUUGUAAAUAUUUGAUCAAACAUCUGUACAAACAUAUUUACUCUCUUCAUUGUAUACACACGUUCGUACUUCAUUCUUUUCUCUGGCUCUCUCUUAUCUAUUUGUCCAAAUUACAAUACUCAACAUUGAAUGUUAUACGUCCCGCCUCCUUAUUCGUCAGGGGUAGAAGUGUCAGUAUGUGAACAAGAUGCCUAUUGUGUUAGUAGUACUCCACCUUCACCACCUACCAAUCACGCUCCUUCCAAUUCCUGCUAUAAAGAAAAUACUGAACAAAAUUCUACUUCUCAACGUACUUCUCCUCCUCCAACUCCAAAAGAAACACUCAAUUCACAAAAUACUGACAAAAACUGUGAUACCCAUGGUAAUGAUGAGGAUGAUUUCUUUUUCCUUGGUCAACUUCAAAAUAAGACUGUAGCACUUGGUACACAACAGAAACAACAACAACAACAACAAGAGCAAAAAGAACGGGACCAACAACAAAAAUUACAACAACAAUUAUAUCAAGAUCAACAACAACAACAACAACAACAACAAGAACAACUUGACUAUCUUGUCUAUGAUCAAGGAUUUGAAGAAGCGGAGGACCAUUCUCAAUAUGACUAUCAAAAUCAGUAUUAUCAAUCUCAACAUGCUGCUUAUACUUUUGAACCUUUUGACAAAACAUUGUAUUCCACUACAAAUAUCACUGAUGAUGACUUUGAGACGGCUAAUCGUGCAUUCCAUGCGACCAUCAACAAAUUCUCACGCCAAAGUUAUCCAGAACAUCGUAAACGAGCACCUUACAACUUCCUGGAAAGUUGGCACCUUCAUAGUAUGUACAGCAAAUCACAACAAAUUUUAUUGGGUAUACCUCAUGUUCGUCCCAUGGUCUUACUUUCAGGGGAUGAUUUUAUGUUUACACCACCAUUAUUACAACAAGAAGAAGAAGAAGGUUACAUCGACGAGAAUGAUCAUCAACUUCGGUAUCUGGAUCAAUCAAUGCACAUGGAAUGGAUGGACGAUGGACAAAUGUUUGAGGAUGAUGGUGAGAUCCUGGAUGAUGGUAUUGUUAUCAUGUCUGCUCCUGAUCCUCCUAUUAUGGUGUCAUCUUCAACAUCUAUAUUACCUUUAUCAACAUCACCAUCACCACCACCAACAACAACUUCUCCGUCUUCAACUAUACUGAACGAAAAUGCAUGGAUGAAAAAUCAAGUGGAUUCUCUAUUACAACAUCAACAUGUCUAUUCUCCUGUUUCUUCUCAUCACUAUCAACAAGAUCUACAAAUGGAAUCGCAACAAGAAGACGAUUUAACAUCAUCGAAUACUGAACCUCUUUAUUUUGCUGGGUUAUCAUCUGAACUAGUGCACUGGUAUCGUUCAUCUGAACGUGGACGACCUCCUUCAACUAUCAUGCAAAAGAUGGACGAUGAUGAUCAAGAAAGUUACAAUAGUGACAAUGUACAUAUUGGAUUAUCUGAUGAUAGAAAAAACAAUGACAAUAUGGAUGGCAACGACAUGAAUGAAUGGAACGACGAAGAAGAUUGUAACAAUAGAAUGGAUGACAAAUCAAAUUCAGACCAAACAUCUUCGAAUGGAUAUCAACAAACUACCAUGAUAAAAUAUAACGGAUUACCGACAUCUUAUCAAUCAUUAGCUGAUAUUGUGGCAUCACCAUCUUCAUCACCAAUCGACGAACGAAUGAAUUAUGGAUCGACGUUUGAACAACAACAGUAUGCAUCAGCAUCUUCAUCUCAGUCAACGUGGAUCAAUCAUCGAACUUUGGGUUUCACAGAUCAACUAGUAGCGACUUCAGAAUUAGUAAUGAAAAUGGCGUCAGAUUAUCGAGUGGAUCGUAAAGCUAAUACAUUAUCAUACAUCUCUUGCUUAUUCCGUAUCUGGCAAGUUCUCUUUUUGACGGCAGAAAUUAUACUAUCGAAUCUUUGGGGCCAACCGUCUGAUACUGUCACAAGUAAUAACUUUAUGAUAGAUUCCAAAUCACCAAGUCGUAGAUCACCUGUGGAACCUCUUUUACCUUUUUAAUUAUUAUUAUUAUUUUGUUUUAUGUAUUCCUUAUUAUAUAGUUAUAUACAUAUUUAUAUAUUAUAUCUGAUUUUAUUCGUCAUUCUGUUUAUUUUUAUUUCGUUUUUAUAUCUUUUAUAUAUCCUUUUUUUUUUUUUAUCUUUUUCAUAUAUUAUAUAUUAU